UAUAUAAAGUAAACAUAUUUAUGGCAGAAGUGGAAACCCAGCAUCAUUCGAAACCCACCACCCAAGUCUCCCCACAACCACCGGCACCAAUUCCUCUUGCGACGAUGGCAGCCAAAGAUUCACCUUCGAAGCCUUCGUGGUUCACUCCGAAAAGGUUGCUUGCUAUGUUUUGUGUGAUUAAUUUGUUGAAUUACAUCGAUCGUGGAGCCAUAGCAAGCAAUGGGGUCAAUGGGAGCCUUGGCAUUUGUGACGAGAAGGGAAUUUGUACUUCGGGUAGUGGAAUCCAGGGGGAUUUUAAGUUGAACAAUUUUCAAGAUGGGGUUUUGUCAUCUGCAUUUAUGGUUGGACUUCUGGUGGCUUCUCCAAUUUUUGCUUCCAUGGCGAAGAGUCAUAACCCUUUUAGGCUUAUUGGAGUUGGAUUAUCUGUGUGGACAUUUGCUACAGCGGCAUGUGGAUGUUCAUUCAAUUUCUGGACUAUAGCGAUAUGUCGCAUGCUUGUCGGAGUUGGUGAGGCCUCUUUUAUAAGUCUUGCGGCUCCAUUUAUAGAUGACAACGCUCCUGUUUCUCAGAAAACAGCAUGGCUUGCUGUGUUUUACAUGUGCAUACCAACAGGAGUUGCUUUGGGCUAUGUUUAUGGUGGAGUUGUGGGGAGCCAUUUCAACUGGCGCUAUGCAUUCUGGGCAGAAGCAAUUUUGAUGCUUCCGUUUGCUAUUAUGGGUUUUGUUAUGAAACCUUUGCAGUUAAAAGGUUUUGCUCAUGUUGAAUCAAAACAAGCAUUAAUAUCAGUUGAGACCGCUGCUUCUGCAACUGAAGAGGUCCCAAGCACAAAUGGCAAUGAGGCUAUUCACAGCCAGGCCUCUUCUAAAUCUGACAAGUCAAAGAUUGGGUCUUCAAUUAUGAAUCAGCUUUCAAGAUUUUUGAACGAUAUGAAAGUGCUUCUGGCUGAUCCAGUUUAUGUCAUAAAUGUUUUAGGGUACAUAUUGUACAACUUUGUCAUUGGAGCAUAUUCAUACUGGGGGCCAAAGGCUGGUUAUAAUAUAUAUCAUAUGAAUAAUGCCGAUAUGAUGUUUGGUGGGGUUACAGUUAUUGGUGGAAUUGUGGGAACACUUGGUGGGGGUUUCGUUCUUGAUAGCAUUAAUGCUACCAUCUCAAAUGCUUUUAAGCUUCUCUCUGGGGCAGUAUUUGUGGGUGGAAUUUUUUGCUUGACUUCUUUCUGCCUUAAGAGCUUGUAUGGAUUCCUAGCCCUAUUCUUGGUGGGUCAGAUACUUGUCUUUGCCACGCAGGCUCCAGUCAACUAUGUAUGUCUACAUUGUGUCAAGCCAAGUUUGAGGCCAUUAUCUAUUGCUAUGUCAACCGUCUCAAUCCACAUCUUUGGUGAUGUACCUUCUGCACCACUAGUUGGGGUCUUCGAGGAUCAUGUGAAUAAUUGGAGACUAACUGCAAUUGUUCUGACAUCCAUCUUCUUUCUUGCUGCCGUCAUGUGGUUUCUAGGGAUCUUCUUGAACAGUAAGGACUUGUUUGAUGAAGUUGAAGAAGAACUUUCCCCAAAUACAAAAGCCAACAUGAAGCCAUUGCUCGGAGGAGAGACUAGGGAUGAGACGCCGCCUGUUUAAGUGAAGCAUGAUCUGAUUGAUGUGCUAGCCAUCUCACAAGCAAUGCAAAGUUGAUAAUUUAUUUGCAUUCGUUUUGGAUGGCAACGCGAUGGAAGCCCAGCACUAUCAAAAAGGUCAUUUAAUCUUAACACGGAGGGAAAACAUGGUUUUGAAGGUGACUGAAAGCCAGGCAGGCAAAAGUGUGUUGAUGAUGGUGCAUUGCUUUAGUUCUGGAAGCCCAUCAUCUAUUAUUCUCAACACUGGAGGGUUUUCUUUGGUUCUUUUUGUGCAUAGCUUAGAACAGUUGAUGUGUAUAUAUACAUAUUGGCUCUAACUUAAGUAAGUGUUUCAAUUCAUUGGACUUUUGAUUCUGCAAGCU